AUGGCGGUUCAUCAUGUCUUGAAGAUGGACUGGCUUUACUACUACUAUGCCGCUCCGAGUUGGCCUAACUACCUGUACUCCAUCUAUAACGCAAAGAACUCGGAAGAUACCAGCAUCACUGUGUCUCUUCCAUACUGGUGGUAUGAUGCUGAAAGUAAAAUCGACGCACAAAAAGACUGUUACGACCCGAAAGCUCUGUUUGAGCUCUCCACUGAGAACUGGUACGGCUGCGCAGCAAUCGCGACCUCGGCGUUUCUCGUGCAGAAUGAGAACAUCACCAUCGACGAAAGCGUCAAUGAAGCGAAUAAGAGAGCCAAUUUUGGCUCUCUAAAGACUUUCAACGCCUCACGGGUCGUCCGACAAAUUGUUGGCUGUAUCGAAGAAUCCUGUACCGACAACAAUCCUUUGGGAGAGUGCGAUCCCCGCGUCGCGAAGCUCACACAGAGCCAAGUGAUAGCGGAUGACCUGAAUCUGGUCUUGGACCCUCUCCGGGACUUGUGUUCUGUGGUACAAAAGGAACCGGAAGCCGACAUUGCUGGGCCUGGGAUUGCCGUAUCCUACUACAUACAAGUCGUACUGACCAUCUGGUUCUUCAUCGUUUGCGGUCUUCUCCCCCACCAACCUGACUCUUCCACCUUUUUCGGCAUGCUGCGCGCAAUCAGGUGGUGCGUCAGGCGACUUCACACGCGCUCAGAGACCGAAAGGGACCGCCUGCGCUUGACCUUGACGCGUCUACGCUCGACUCGUUUCUCCGUAGCCUUGUACUCGACAAUGAUCGAGUUCCAAGAAACCCAGGCUUUUUUCGUCAUGGCUAUUGAAGCGGCGACUCUGACCAUGAUCAUCAUGAACCGCGAGUCUCUCGCCAUCCGCGUCGACGUCGGUGCCGCCAAAGUCUUCGCGACAGCCAAUACGCUGCUGGUCCUCAUUACGCAGGCCAUCAUGCAACGGAGGGGUAUGUACUGGUGGUACACGUUCAUACUCACAGUUAUCGUAUAUGUCCUUUGCGCUAUCAUACAGAUACUCAGGCUUCCGACGUCUUCCGAUUCGGAUCUGUCCCGGCAACACGAGGCCUGCGGCGGAAAGCAGAGUAUUCUGCAAACAUCAAUCAUCAUCUUUCUGACAAUCGAUCAUCUGUUCCAUCUUCCUCGUCUGCGCAGGAUGGUGGCCUCGGCAAAUCAGGCUCUUACAGAGCGCAGUAUUCAGAUGCCCGCUUCGGUUCUCAAAGCAUCCUCCGUCUUUCCUGAAACAAUGCACAUCAAAAAGCAGUGGACUUUUGGCCAGGUUGUCGCGGUUCUGGUAUGGGCUCCAGUCUUAUCCAAAUACAUUUACUACAACAUCUUUGGCAUCGAACUUGGGGUUGGUAACCGGAUAGACGAUCAGUACAAGGUUGUGCUCAACGAAAAGCCACCAUCGGCAUCUCCUGGAGCACAGGAACGGUUCGAUUCUUCGACGAACUUGGUGGAUGAAAUCAUUUACAUAGGUCUGAGAAACAUUGGGGACGGUCAAGAAGAUCAAAGACACUCGAGGGUAGAGCAGAGUUCGGUCGUGGAGGGAAUUAGGCGUAAACCGUUGUCUGCGAGGACCGUCCCCUGA